AAUGGCUGAAGUUAAAGAAGAAAAGAAAUUCUCCGUAUUUGAUGACAAGAGAUAUGCAGUUAUUACAAGGGAAAGCAUUAAAAUCAUGGCGGAGUCGGUGGGAUUUAGUGAACUGUCUGAUGACGCGGCAGCUCUUCUUUGUGAAGAUGUUUCCUACAGGCUGAAGGAGGCCACACAGAAUUCCAUCCAGUACAUGAAGCAUGGAAAGAGAAAACGACUAACUACAGAAGAUUUCAAUCAAGCACUGACAAACAGCAAUGUUCAGCCUAUUAGUGGACAUCGAUGCCAGGAUGGGACAAGUUUUAGACAAACAAAGGAAGGAGAGAUUUUCUUCACAGAUGAUGAGGAGAUGGACCUUUGUGAAGUAGGUCUGGAUGACUGCACACCAUGUGAACAAGGAGAGACAUCUAUUAAAGCUCAGUGGCUGGCGGUGGAAGGGAUCACGAAGUCGGCAUCACAAUCCCAAGGUCAGUCCCAAGGAAAACCUCUUAAGCAGGAAAACAAUGACGUCUUUCUGAAAUAUUAUGAGAACAUCUCUAAAGCAGUGCUUGGCAAUGAUGUGAACUUCAUGAAGACGACCCUUCAAGACCUCCGCACCAAUCCAAACAUCACCUCAUUUCUCCCCUGCUUUGUCAACUUUAUAUCCAGUGGGGUGAAGACCAUCAGCCACAAUGUUUCUCAGAUGACGAGACUUCUGUACACAGUCAGUGCUGUGAUCAGCAACUCCAAUUUAUACGUGGAACCUCAACCGUAUUUGAAUCACUUGGUUCAGGGAGUCAGUUACUGUCUGCUCGAGCCAUUGGCAGCCUCAAUAAACCCAUCAAAUGACCACUGGACUUUACGAGAUUAUGCAGCGCGAGUGUUGGCCCAGAUCGUACAUACAUGGGCAAGUCCAAUAAACCAUCUGAUGAACACGAUAAUUAGGAAUCUGAAGGAAGUGUUGUGUGAUCACGCCAAGCCUUUCUGCUGUCACUAUGGAGCUGCCGUGGGUCUACAGGCCUUAGGACCACAGGUGAUAGACGAUGUCCUCGUUCCACAGUUACCGGUGUAUUGGCCUCAUUUGACCUCCGUCCUUGAGGACAAUUCCUUCUCCAAUGCUCUCACCAAGGCUGACGCUUUCAAGGUCUAUGGAGCUCUACUGUUAAGUGUGGAAUCCUUGAUGAAAACACAUGUAAAACAAUAUGAAGACUUGCUCCAAGAAAAAUAUGAAAAUAUGGAAUUGUCAGACAUCUUAAAUCAAAACAGUGGAGACUUACCAACCCUUCAAAAUGGGAAUUCUGUAUCCGAUGCACAAAGCACCAUUUCGAAACUGUACAAUGAAAUGUAUGAAUAUUUUGGUGACAGUAUGACAAAAUAUAUUCCUGACUUCAAUGAAAAGUUUCAUAUCAGACAGAAAGUGUUUACCCCAAAAUUGAAAGAAAAGCUGAUAUCUCUGUCUGAUGCAGACAGUUUUAAAAGUGGUGAAGAGCUUUUGAAAGAAUUCAUGGAGCAGGUCAAAUUACAGCAACAGUUGGAUAAAGAGAAGGCAGAAAAAGAACGCAUUAAACGUUUGAUAAACGAGGAAAAACGAGCAAGAGAUAGGAAACACUUUGAGGAACAUCAGAGACUAAUGGAGGCUGGCAAAAAAAGACUGGAAGAAAUCCGACUGGCUGAAAUCGAAAGAGAGCGAGAAGAAAUGGAGAAAUUGAAACACGAAACAAGGCGAAACAAGAAAGUUGCUGAAGAGAGAAUAUCGAAGAUGCUGAAAGACGACAGUGAUGAUGAUUUUGGUGAAGAUGCAGUUAUACCCUACAGACCUGUAAGAAAAAGAACUAAAAGUCAGGUUCAGUAUUAUCCCGUGGAGUCACCUGAUAGCAACGAAGAUGACCCCUCAUACUCCUUACCUGGAACCUCCAAAGGUGGCGAACAUAAAAAGGGCAUCAAACUCAAAAUCAUAACUCGCCCUGGUAAACUUCCCAAUGUGAAAAUAGAGGCCCAGUCUAAGGAAUCUAAAAAGUCAUCUCCACUCAACUAUCAGACCCGAGUGUCCCCCCACCACAAAGAGCCAAAGUAUUCCCCCAAAUUAUCCCCUCAUGUUCACAGGGAGGCCAAAAAUUCUCCCCAUUCAUCAAAGGAGUACAAAUCUUCCCCUCACACUCAUAAAGACUCGCCCCACUACGCUCACAAAGACUCACCAGAGCCAAAGUAUUCGCAUCACUCGAGUCUGCCCCAAGAUCCAGGGGAAGCUAAACAUGGCAAGAAAAGAAAAAUAAGUCAGAAACGAAAGGACGAGUUCGAAUUUGAGUCCGAUCCUGAGGAUUUUCCUCCCAUGUCCUUUAAGCCUAGUUGUAAUUCUUCAGAAGGGGAGAGCUCAGAAGGUGCAGAGCUUAGAAAACCUAUCAAAAUGAAACUCAAAGUGAAAGAUUCAAAGGAACUGACAUCCGAUUAAAGUGUAAUACUCUGGGGAUACUACAUGUAUGUAAAUGUGUUUCCUGAUAUUUCUGGGAGUAAAAUUGACAUCUCUGUUUCACGAGAAAACAAGAUUUAAAAAAUUCUCAUAGGAAGCAACAACUUGAUGAUAGGUAACAAGAGGGACAGAUGUAAAGUCAAUGAACAGUAUUGUUUUAGUCUUCACAAUGCAAUGUACUACAUGUGCAGUAUUUUAUUGAAUUAAAUCAAAGAAGAAAAGAUGUAAAUCUGUUACAUAUUCUCUUCAUUGGAAUCUUAA